GAGAAGCUUUGCCGCUUGCUAGCUUGUGGGCUACAAUAAUAGCUUGACGGAUCGGUAAAAUAGUGGAUAUGGAGGUUGAUGAGCAUGAGGUGAUGACAUUGGAGCUUCAAGACUUCAGACAGCCAGAAAAUUCUACAAAAUACAUGCAUACGGUAAGAUAUGAGCCUUCCCCAUCUGCAAUUGAAACCCACAGCAAAAUAAGACAUUGCACUGAUGGUCUGGACGAUGACAAUCUACAAAAGAAACCUGUGGUUGUUUUGAGACGGCUUCCUGAGUUCACAGUCAAUGCCCUUCAACCACCAACACCUCAGCAGUUCUACAGCGAAGCGGAGUCCCCCGGCAGCUCCGACUCCGACAUGCUGUGGGAACCAGUAGACGAUUCAGGAGACUCGGAUUUUGGAGUUUCAAAAAAGAAAAAUUCAAACAAACAGAAAAGUUCAAAACACAAAAAGAUGAAAGGAGCGACAGUGCCUCCACCAACUGUGAGCAUCAACAACAACAGCAGUAACAUUGCCAGCGGCAGCAACAGCAAUAACAUUGCCAGCAACAGCGGCAGUAACAGCAGCAAUAACACCAACAAAGCUGUUGAAGCAGCUCCCAUCAUAGUGUCAUCAGCUUUUGCCAGCAACUCCAACGAAACGAGAAAAGUUAGGCCUGAUUUACCGGAGGUAGAGAUUACGUUGAACAUGGCAGUCCUGGCCAGGAGGAGAGCCAUGAGGUGGCAACGAGGCAAGAUAGUAGAGAUUAUUAACAAGGAUGAUGGACGGGUAAAGUACAAAGUGAUUUUCGAUGAAAAGGGGAAGAGUUUGGUAUCAGGACACCACAUCGCCAGCGACACCAACCCAAAGUUGGAGCAACUUUACGUCGGAGCCCGUGUUUUAAUUCAGUCUCCAGAAGACGAACAAUGCUUCCUGCCUGGACUUUUGGCCGAGCUCCCCAGCAGAAAGAACCGCUUAAGGUUUUUGGUGUUUUUGGAUGAUCACACACCACUUUAUGUCAGCUUACCUUCACUUUUCCUCGUGUGCAGGCAAAUGGACGAGGCUGUAGGCGACCUUCCAGAUGGCCCACACAAGUGCUUCAUGGAACAAUACCUGAAGACUUGGCCGUAUCCCCACCUAACCCACUACAAAGAAGGGCAAAGCCUCAAUAUAGAGCUAGAUGGAGUCCAUCAGAAGUGUCAAGUUGAAUUGGUUGACUGCAGCUUGAUGAAGGUUGUUUUUCAGGAGAAUGGGGAGAAGGACUGGAUCCACCGAGGAUCCAUACGUCUGGAACACAUGUCCAAGUUCUUGGAGUUGAAGCAAAGUCGAGAAGCAAAGGCAGACGGCUCUGACCCGAAAUGACCUAUGAAUUGUCAUUAAGGAAAACAUUAAACUAUUUUAAAUAUUAAUUACCACAGGAAAUACAUGUUCCUUUCCAGGCCCUUGAUUAAAAACUGCCUCCUCACACAACAGAUAGCAGGUUUAAGCAUGUAAACUCCAGCUGGUAGUGAAAAGUGUAAAUAUGUUCACGUAUACUACGGUUGUUGCAUUUUACCAUUUUAAGUAUAUUUCCAAAUCUUUGUGCAUAGACACCAUACUUAGUUAGUUGUUGAAGAAAGGAAAAAUGUAAAAGUACCAGUUUGCUUUCUGAUAAAUGAUGUGACACCCUUAGCCCAACUGACUGAAAAUGUAUCCCCAUGAUUACAAAAUAGUUUUAUUGUGCAGGACAACACUUUGAUUUGAACUGAUUUUAUUUUAUUUUUUUAGGUUACACUUUAUUUUGUAUCCAAAAGUGUUCCUAAAUCAUCCCCCCAUGUAACAUUCAUGUAUAUAAGUGUCUGGUGCUUUCAUAAGUGGGGUACUUAAAGCGAAAUUCACAAUUUGAUCGACAUAAACAGAUAAUGCUUCUAUAGCAGUGGUUAAAUCACUAUGAUGUAAGCUUUCCUUUUUUGCCCUUUUUGUAUAAUGCCAAUUUGUUUUUGUCCUACAGAAUAUUUUUGUUGGACCGUUUUAGUUAAAGAUGAUUUUUUUUUUUUUUUUUACAUUAUUUUCACUAAUUUCUCUACAAACUUUGCUCACUAUGUCUAUUCUGUCAUGUAAGUUUUGUUUCGUUAUAAAAAGGAAAAAAAAAGUUUAAACAUGUGUUUUAGUUUAUGCUUUGUAAUUAGCUUUUGGGUUUUCUUUUUGUGUUUGAGUCCAGUCCAACACUAACAAUAAAUCCAGUGCACACGCCA